GGAGAUGAGUCUACCUUCCUCUCACUUUCCCAUUUCAUUCUCUCUCUCCUUCCCCAAUUACAUCUCAUCACAACCCCCAGCAACAUCUCUCUCUCCCUUCUCUUCUCUUUCUCUCUUCUCUGUUAUAGCUUCGAGCUUCUUCACUCAUGGCCAACUCAUCCUGUGCAGAUGGUGAAAGAGAUAUGGAGAAAAGUGGAAUGAUUCUACAGUCGAGUGAGAAUCAAAAUCCUAUGUCAGAUCCUUCACCAACACCUUCACCGUCUGCAACAGCCACUGCACCAGCUUUGGUUUUGUCUAAUUCAGGCAAGAAGAUGGACCAAGCCGGGAAGAAAAAGUAUGUGAAGCAAGUCACGGGUCGCCACAACGACACUGAGCUGCACUUGGCGGCUCAGCGAGGUGAUUUAGCAGCUGUGCAGCAGAUUCUCAAGGAUAUUAACUCUCAGAUGGAAGGAACUCUGAGUGGGGAAGAAUUUGAUACUGAAGUUGCAGAGAUCCGAGCAUCGAUUGUGAACGAGGUGAAUGAGUUAGGGGAGACUGCGCUCUUCACUGCUGCAGAUAAAGGCCAUCUCGAUGUCGUCAAAGAGCUCUUGAAGUAUUCUUGUAGAGAGAGCAUUGCUAAGAAGAACCGUUCUGGAUAUGAUCCGCUUCAUAUUGCUGCCAUACAAGGUCACCAUGCUAUCGUUGAGGUCUUGCUAGAUCAUGAUUCGACGCUUAGCCAUACAUUUGGGCCAUCGAAUGCAACUCCGCUGGUCUCUGCAGCUAUGAGAGGCCAUACAGAAGUUGUGAACCAGCUCUUAUCCAAAGCUGGGAAUUUGCUAGAAAUUUCUCGGUCUAACCAUAAAAAUGCGUUGCAUUUAGCUGCAAGGCAAGGGCAUGUGGAUGUCAUUAAAGCUCUGCUCGUCAAGGAUCCUCAGCUAGCAAGACGGAUUGACAAGAAAGGACAAACUGCGCUUCACAUGGCAGUAAAAGGGCAGAGUUCCGAAGUGGUCAAACUGCUGCUUGAUGCAGAUCCUGCCAUUGUUAUGCUACCGGACAAGUCUUGUAACACAGCGUUACAUGUUGCCACCAGGAAAAAACGAGCAGAGAUUGUAGAACUAUUGUUGUCACUGCCUGAUACCAACGCCAAUGCUCUAACCCGGGAACACAAGACAGCACUUGACAUUGCAGAGGGGCUUCCACUCUCAGAAGAAUCUUCAUACAUAAAAGAGUGUCUUGCUCGUCGUGGAGCUCUUAGGGCGAAUGAGCUGAACCAGCCGAGAGACGAGCUGAGAAGCACUGUCACCCAAAUCAAGAACGAUGUUCAUAUCCAACUGGAACAGACGAAAAGGACGAACAAAAACGUGCACAACAUUUCCAAAGAACUCAGAAAACUACACAGAGAAGGGAUCAAUAAUGCAACCAAUUCAGUAACUGUUGUAGCUGUAUUGUUUGCAACCGUAGCUUUUGCUGCUAUAUUCACAGUGCCGGGAGGAGACAACAACGACGGAUCAGCAGUGGUGGUGGGCCGAGCAUCGUUCAAGAUCUUCUUCAUCUUCAACGCAAUCGCAUUGUUUACUUCUCUGGCUGUGGUGGUGGUCCAGAUCACACUGGUGAGAGGAGAGACGAAAGCUGAGAAGAGAGUAGUGGAAGUGAUCAACAAACUGAUGUGGUUGGCAUCUAUGUGUACAUCGGUGGCGUUUCUUGCAUCGUCAUACAUAGUGGUUGGGCGUAAGAACGAGUGGGCAGCUGAGCUGGUGACAGUAGUUGGGGGUGUGAUAAUGGCUGGUGUUCUUGGGACCAUGACUUAUUAUGUGGUGAAGUCAAAGAGGACAAGGUCGAUGAGGAAGAGGGUUAAGAGUGCGCGCAGGAGCGGUUCCAACUCGUGGCAUCAUUCAGAUUUCUCAAACUCAGAAGUCGAUCCCAUUUUCGCAAUAUAAGAUGCAUUAUAAAUAUAUCAUGUACAUAUAUUGUAUUGGUGAAAAGAGCUAGACUAGACGAUUUUGUGUAUAAAGCCUGACCAUCAAAAGGCAAACACAAUUGUCAUAACUAUUAAGUGUAAACACUGCUCAACUCA